AAGCGCGUAGCCCCGCCUCCUUGUUUCCCUUCCUUCUCCAGGACGGGUUUGGACGCGCAGGUGUGGGAUCCCCAAGUCGGUCGCAGGCAUUGCGCAGGCGCGGACCGGUGCUGGGGCUGACCGGACAGUGCGGACAUGGCAGGGGUUGCAGCGGUUUCGCGGUUAUUCCGCACGCGGCGCCUAGCGCUGUCCCGGAUGAUGCUACCAUCAUCUGUGUGUCGGCAAUGGCCAGCAGCCUUCCAAACACCAGCCCGCAGCUUUCACUUCACUGUCGACGGGAAUAAGAGAGCAUCUGCUAAAGUUUCAGAUUCAAUUUCAACUCAGUACCCAGUAGUGGAUCAUGAAUUCGAUGCGGUUGUGGUAGGCGCUGGAGGGGCAGGCUUGAGAGCUGCAUUUGGCCUUUCUGAGGCAGGCUUUAAUACUGCAUGCCUUACAAAGCUCUUUCCUACUCGGUCACACACUGUUGCAGCACAGGGGGGAAUCAAUGCUGCACUGGGGAACAUGGAAGAAGAUAACUGGAGGUGGCACUUCUAUGACACUGUGAAGGGUUCUGACUGGCUAGGGGACCAGGAUGCCAUCCAUUACAUGACAGAGCAAGCUCCUGCCUCCGUGAUUGAGCUAGAAAAUUAUGGCAUGCCAUUUAGCAGAACAGAAGAUGGGAGGAUUUACCAGCGUGCAUUUGGUGGACAGAGCCUCAAGUUUGGGAAAGGUGGGCAGGCUCACCGGUGCUGCUGUGUGGCUGAUCGGACUGGCCACUCACUGCUGCAUACCUUGUAUGGCAGGUCUCUGCGAUAUGAUACCAGCUAUUUUGUAGAGUAUUUUGCCUUAGAUCUCCUGAUGGAAAAUGGGGAGUGCCGUGGUGUGAUUGCACUGUGCAUAGAAGAUGGGUCCAUACAUCGCAUAAGAGCAAAGAACACUGUUAUUGCUACUGGAGGCUAUGGGCGGACCUACUUCAGCUGCACGUCUGCCCACACCAGCACUGGUGAUGGCACAGCCAUGGUUACCAGGGCUGGCCUUCCCUGCCAGGACUUGGAGUUUGUGCAGUUCCACCCCACAGGUAUAUAUGGUGCUGGCUGUCUCAUCACAGAGGGAUGCCGUGGAGAAGGCGGCAUUCUCAUUAACAGUGAGGGCGAGAGGUUUAUGGAGAGAUACGCACCUGUCGCAAAGGACCUGGCAUCCCGAGACGUCGUAUCUCGGUCCAUGACUCUGGAGAUCCGUGAAGGAAGGGGCUGUGGCCCAGAGAAAGAUCAUGUCUUCCUACAACUACACCAUCUUCCCCCUGAGCAGCUGGCCACACGUUUGCCUGGCAUCUCAGAGACGGCCAUGAUCUUCGCUGGUGUGGAUGUCACCAAGGAGCCGAUCCCAGUCCUCCCCACUGUCCAUUACAACAUGGGUGGAAUUCCCACCAACUACAAGGGACAGGUGCUGAAGCAUGUGAAUGGCCAGGAUCAGGUAGUGCCUGGCCUCUAUGCCUGUGGGGAGGCCGCCUGUGCCUCAGUGCAUGGUGCCAACAGGCUUGGUGCAAACUCCCUUCUGGACCUGGUGGUCUUUGGACGGGCCUGUGCCCUGAGCAUUGCAGAGUCUUGCAGGCCAGGAGAUAAAGUUCCUCCAAUUAAACCAAAUGCUGGGGAAGAGUCUGUUAUGAAUCUUGACAAGUUGAGAUUUGCUGAUGGAAACAUAAAAACAUCAGAACUGCGCCUCAACAUGCAGAAGACCAUGCAGACUCAUGCUGCAGUGUUCCGUGUGGGAAGUGUACUGCAAGAAGGCUGUGAGAAAAUUAGCCAGCUCUAUGGAGACCUGCAACACCUGAAGACGUUUGAUAGGGGAAUGGUCUGGAACACAGACCUAGUAGAGACCCUGGAGCUGCAAAACCUGAUGCUCUGUGCCCUGCAGACCAUCUAUGGAGCAGAGGCACGGAAGGAGUCACGAGGUGCCCAUGCCAGGGAAGAUUACAAGGUGCGGAUUGAUGAGUAUGAUUACUCCAAGCCCAUCCAGGGGCAGCAGAAGAGACCAUUUGGGGAGCACUGGAGGAAGCAUACCCUCUCCUAUGUGGACAUCAAGACUGGGAAGGUCAUUCUGGAGUACAGGCCUGUCAUCGACAAGACCUUAAAUGAAGCUGACUGCGCCACAGUUCCCCCAGCCAUUCGCUCCUACUGAUGAGACACAGAAGUUGUAGAAUCAGCUUCUGUAGUUUUGUAUCAUAGCUUUCACAGGUGUUCCUGUCUUACCUGCCUCAGGAAACUCCCUACUCUGUCCUGAACUCGCUGCAGAGAUUGUACACUCAGUGGCCAGCAGCCUGCCAGAGUCAGGCAAAGAAUAGCUAGGUCUGCCUUUGUCCCUAGCUUUAUUCUGUGAAGUGUAAUACUGGGCACAAUUCGAAAUGAAAUGCAAACAAAAAACCUUUCUGUACUAAUCACUUUCUCAUUACUGGUACGCACUACCUGACAGUCACAGUUUAAAGGAGGAAAGGUUCAGUGACUCACAGUUUCCAGUGGGUUCAGUGUGUGGUUAGCUGGCUCUAAAGCAGAAUCAGCAUGGUGAAUGAGCAUUGUGAAAGAAAGUUGCUUAAAGCAGACCAGGAAGCAGAAACUAAGGGGAGAAGCCAGGAACAAGGCACCCUUUCAGGUCAUGCCCUUAGUGACUUGCCUUUUCUGGUCAGGCUCCAUCUCCAAACACAUGAAGUUUUUAAGGGACAUUUUUUUUUUCUUUCUUUUUUUUUUUUUUUUUUUGACACCAGGACUCAAACUCAGUACUUUGCACUUGCCAGGCAGGUGCUUGUGCCACUGAGCUAAAUCCCCAGCUAAGGGACAUUUUAGAUAUAUACCACACCAUUUCCAAAAAGCUAUGUCUAUGUCAUUAUUCAUAAUGCAUUUAGUUUGUCUCUUAAGAAUCAUAACCCUGAACUGGUGGCGUAUGCCUAUAAUCUCAGCACUCAGAACUGAGGCAGGUGGAUGGAUUGCUGGGCAUUGGCUCCUUGGCUGAGGCCAACCUGUACUACAUAGAAAGUUCAGGGCCAACCUGAACUAUAAAAACCUCUGAACAAACCAAGCAAACAAAAAUCACAAACUCUCAGCUCCAGCAUUACUAGAAAGUCCAGAGCCUCAGAGACUCAAGGCAAAUGCUUAGCUGUAAGCCUUUGUACAAGUCAGGAAGUUAGGUCAGGCUUACGGGUGCACAUCUGUAAUCCCAGCUCUUGGGAGGCUGAGACAGGAGCAUCACUGUGAGUUCGAGGCCAACCCAAACCGCAUAGUGAAACCCUGUUUCAAAAAGACAAAAAAAGUCAAAUAUUUGUAAAGUACAAUAGUGUAAGUAUUCCCAUUCCAAAAAGGAUGAAUAGAAGACUAGCCAGGAAUCUAACCAAAGCAAGACUGAAACCUAUCAGGACAAAUAAAUCCUUAUCUAGCACCUGGGGCAAGUCCUGGUCAGGUGAGAGCUCCAAAGGCCAAGGGGUUGGGCAGCACUGCCAGUUUCACAUGACCUCUCUUUCAGGCAGACUUAUGUUUCACACACUGCCCUCUUUAAUGCUCCUUUUGUGGCCUCGUAGGCCUUCCUCCAAAACCUGGGUGGAAGUCGGUGAACCCACAACUCUCGGAAAAUGGAUUCUAUCAAUAUGCCACCAGCUUGGGCAGCAGUAUGGCCCCCUUGGAGCAUGGCUGCAGAGCCUCUGAGUUACUGGAAGACUGGAAGACUAAGUCGGUCAUCGACUUACCUAGAUAUAUCCCCUAGGCACUCCUGAAUGAACAGAAUGCCCUAGGACUCUUCUCAAAAAAGCAAAGUCUUUGAAAGGAGUUUACUCUUUCUAGUUUGUCAUUGGCAUUGUUUAAGACAGCCUUGAUAUAUAUUUCAGAAUGUGCUUGAACUUUCUGUUUCAGGUUGGCUUUAAGCAUGUGCUAAUCCUCCUUAGCAUCCCAAAUGUGGUUGCUGUCACACCCGAGUUUACCCUUUUAUGCACCUGAAAUGUUCUCCAGUCAUCUUUCCUGUUAUCUUAUGCAGAGUACUUGUCUUUUAAAGCUCAUCUUUUCAAAAUUGUAGGUCUUAGCACCUACAUACAGGAGCUAUCUUUCUGGCAAAACUGCAAACUUUUCACAUUUUUUGGCUAUAAUUUUUGCUCUCUGCUCCUGAUUCUCAUUAUAAAUCCAGCUUAAAAGCAGCCAACUGUAUUUAUGCCACAAAAUGAACAGUGGGCUGCCUUGAAAUUUGUUCAGAUUGGUUAGUUUACCACCUUUAAGUUCAGCUUCACACAAAUGUUAGGACAGAAUCAGUGGAAAUGUAGACAAGUCCUUGCCAGAAUGUAAUAGAGUUACAUUAACUAAUUAAACAAAUUGUUUUCAGUAAUCUUUAGUCCCACUUGAAACCUCAUAAGCCUGACCUUUAUUAUCCGCAUUGCUAUCAGCAAACAUUCUGGUCUUCAGCUCUAUAACCAGAAUUAUCCAUCAAGCUCAUUACAGCAUCCUACAGCUGCUUCAGCAGGUAUCUCCAAAACAAGUAGAAUUCCCUCUGCAAACCCAAAAGUUUCUGAACCACAUGGUCAGAUACAGCUUUACCUAACUACCACAUCAGCAACCCCACUGCUAGAAACCAAAUUUCUGCAUUUCCAGUCCCACUCCUGUCAGUGGAACAAAAUAUACGAUACCUGCAAGUUACAGGAAAGGUUUAUUUGAUCAGUUUCCAGGGUUUCCAUUCAUGGUUAUCUGACAGUAUAGUGGAGGAAAGUUAAGCCAUUGCAGCCGGGAAGCAGAGAGAAAAAGGAGCCAGGGACAAAGAUAAGCCCACUCUGUGCUCUUCUAACCUGUAACCUCCUAACAGGCUCCACCUCCAAAUAUUUGAGACUUUGUGGGAAACACUUUGGAUCUAAACUUUAACCUUUAUUUCUAAAUCCAUCUUGGCAUAUAUUGCCCUGAAAUAUCAAGUUAAUUAUCUUCAUAUACUGUUAGAUCAAAAUCUAGAAAUCUUGUGGGGGUUUUUUGUUUAUGUAAAAAUUUUGGUGUCGGACAGCAAAUGAAGGAACCCACAACUCUUGAAAAAUUGGUAUCAGUGUGCCACCAGCUUAGGCAGCAGUACCGUGGCUUGGACCGUGGCUGCAAAGGAAACUUAACAUUUCCUCUUGUUCUUGUCAAACAGUUUUGUAGGUAAAACUAUGAAACCAACGGGACUAAAUGGAUUUUUUUAUUUUUAGAAACAGUCUCUUGUAAUGCAGGCUGAACUUGAAUUUAUCAUGUAGCUCAGUUGCAGCUGUCCUGCCUUAGCUUCCCAAGUGCUGGUAUUAUAGGAAUGCCCCACCAUACCCAGGUUAGACUGGUCUCUUAAAAACAAAUCCAACUCAAGCCAGUAACAGUGGUUCAAGCCUGUAAUCCCUGCACUUCAAGGCCAGCCUGAUUUACAUUGCAAGCCCCUGUCUGAAAAAAAAAAUUCUGACUCAAGUUAAACAAUGAGUGUAUUUACAAAAUUUGGCACUAGAAAAUAAUAUAAAUUUCUUCCUUGAA